AUGGACCUAGCCACCACCCCUUUUUCCCUUUCUAAUCUCAAAUCCCACCACUACCCCGUUCACCCACCACCACCCCUCAAGCUCUUCACUCAAUGCUGGCGUCCGCUACCCCCUGCAACUGUCACCAGAACCCUCGCCCUCGUUCACGGAUUUAUCGGCGAAUCCAGCUGGUUCCUCCAGCUCACCACCAUCUACUUUGCCAAGGCCGGAUUCGCCACCUGCACCAUUGACCAUCAGGGCCACGGCUUCUCCAACGGCCUCAUCGCCCACAUCCCUGACAUCAACCCCAUCGUCGACGACUGCAUCGCCUUCUUCGACGAAUUCUGCUCUCGCUUUGAUCCUUCUCUUCCUUCCUUUCUCUACUCUGAAUCCCUCGGCGGUGCAAUUGUGCUAUUAAUUACUCUCCACUGCCGUGACUUCCCAGAAAAUGUCUCAUUCGUGAACCGAGCGUGA